AUGCCAACGAAUUCUCUGCAGAGUGAUGUAGAGGCCAAGCCGCCUUGCCACCCGCGCGCCUGCGCAAUCCAGGACUGCCUGGCCCGCAACAACUACAGCGAGGCCAAGUGUCAGGACGCCGUCAAGGCCCUCUACGAGUGCUGCCAGGCCUUCUACCAGCGCUACGGCGACGACGCAAAGAGCCCCAGCUGUCCCCAGCCUAGCCUCCUGCGCCUCAAGCUUAAGCAGCAGCAGACCGAGGCCAGAUAG